CUUUCUGCCGUGGACGAAGGUAUGAAGCCGCUGCAUGAACAAAAAUGGAUAUAAAGAAAGAAGGAUCUUAAAGAACAACACGCAGUGUGUGACUGGCGAUCACAGGAGAUAGCCUAUAAAGCCGACUGCUUGAACAUGCGACAAAAAAGCCUCGACGGCGAAAAGAAUCAAUUGUAUAGGUCCUACUAAAUAGCACAUGCAUGAAACGGGAGCAUUUCUUCUCAGUCUGGAAGACGCUGGCAACUCCGACAAUAUUUAGGCGAACAAAACCAACGGGCACCGGCCUUGCUCGUUUUCGCACGGCUUUUUCAGCGGUGUUGGAGCGCAAAGGAGGAGAGAGAUCAUCAGUAAUCAGACUAGGACACUCUCCUCAGCACCCUCCCACGACGAUACCGAACCGCGCGGCUGAGGCUUAGCGUGUCACUGGAUGUGGGUGAAGACCGGGUGUGUAGGCUAAUACGCUGGGAUAGUGAGAUCUGGUCAUCCCAACCCUUAUGCACCUUCAGAACAUUUCCCAAUCUGGCGAGCUCAGGACUGAGAAGCAGGUGUAGUGGUGAGGGCGCAUCCAUGAGCGUCUUCUCCUGGGACGGCAUGUUUUUAGUUUAACCGGAUUUGUUGAAAAGACUGGGUGAAGAGGAUAAAGGCGAGUUUGGAAGUUUUGAUGCAUAUGAUCACAACCACCAUGAUUUUUAUGAUCCUCGGUGCUUCAGUUGUAAUGUGGUCACAGUACCAGGUCAUGUAGCGGUUGCUGUGUUCCAAUACUGCUUGUCAUGUCCUGGUUGACUCGAAUGGUUCUUUGCAGGCGAUAGCGUGUUUAAUGGACAUGAACGCACUCCUGGACCGCUUUCACAACUACAUCUUACCGCAUUUACGAGGGGAAGACCGCGUAUGUCAUUGCAACUGUGGAAGGCAUCAUGUUCACUACGUAAUUCCAUAUGACGGAGACAAUUCACUCGUGGACUCAUCUGAGAAUUACUUUGUGAGCGACAGUGUGACCAAACAGGAGAUGGACCUCAUGCUGGGGCUGUUGUUGGGGUUCUGUAUCAGCUGGCUGCUGUUGUGGCUGGAUGGAGCUUUGCACUGUGCUGUGAGAGCCUGGAGAGCCAGUCGCUAUUAUGAUACCCCUUCCUGGUCAUGGUUACCCCAGUUCUGUAACCUUCGGGACCUCCGUAGACGUGCACAGCUGCGGCAACUAGAGGAUUCCAGUGGAAACAUGGUGCAUAUCAAGCAGAAGCUCUAUCAUAAUGGUCAUCCCAGCCCCCGCCACCUCUGACUGUUUAAUGACAGUUUCCCCAAAACUGCUCCAUUACCAGCUGCUGCCUCAGAGACCCACUUUAAUUGUUCCACUACAGUUUGAACCAACUUUUAGACCUUCUAAAAUCACUCAACGUGGUCACGUAUUUGUCAAAACUAAAAAUCAAGAAGAAAGAAGAUUAUUGUUGUCAAUAUCCUGAUUUGUCACUUCGUUCACCAUGUCUGAGAUAGGAAGUUGGGUGAAAUGCUUUUGGAAAGUUUCUGUACAGGCUUUUUAUUUUCCAUUGCUGAAUCUAGGCAUGCACUUUUAGAAUGGGGAGGAUGCAAGAAAUGUUUUUUGUGACAUUGGGAAUCAAUUAAGUUGGUUUUUCUUGCUUUUCCCCUACUUUUUUUUUUUUUUUUUUUUUUUUGUAGCUUUUUCAUUAGGAUAUGACUUUUUGGGA